ACCCCGCCCUCAAAAAGCUUCCUUCCCACCCCAAAACCGCCCCGCCCGCCGCUGUGACGUCCCGCGUCCGCAGCUCAGUGCGACGUGUCCCUCGGCCGGCGGCGAUCAUGGAUCAGGUAAUGCAAUUUGUGGAACCCAGCCGUCAGUUUGUAAAAGAUUCCAUACGACUUGUUAAGAGAUGCACCAAGCCUGACAGGAAAGAGUUCCAGAAGAUUGCCAUGGCAACAGCAAUAGGCUUUGCGAUAAUGGGAUUUAUUGGUUUCUUUGUCAAAUUGAUCCACAUCCCAAUCAACAAUAUAAUUGUAGGUGGCUGAAUAUUCAUCAUGAAGAAGACAGUUGUGACACCUGCUGCAAUGAUUUCACAGCUUUAAUUUGUUUGAUAUUAAACAAGCUCAGUUUGGGUUUUCAAA